AUGGAGUGGGAAAAGACUGCGGCGCAAGACUGGUCUUUGCCUGACUAUGGGCGUGAUAAGAACGGCACCGGUCCUGCUCUAAAUGCCACCACAGAGAUACCCCUUAUACCGGACUUGAUCUCAACCACACCACCGGCACCCGCGACAAAUCCAAGUUCAACCAAUGAAGAAGCUCCAUUCGAGGCUAUUUCCGAGCCGCCCACCCGCUCCAUCCAACCUCCGAAGCAGGCUCCCAUAAGUGGGGAGCCCGUGGAUGGUUUCCAGCAGCAGGCCGCAUUAGCUGCUCCGGCUUUCAAUGAUUCCCCAGCAAAGAAGCGAUGGCAAGAGGGCCGGAAGCCCGAUGCGUCUGUACGUCUGCCUGACGAAGUUACCAAAGCCAAACCCUAUGGUCUUGGGGAAAAGGCUCCCUCGAUCGCAUUAAUGAAAUCCCUGGCUCACUUCCGGGAGCGGGACGAGGUUUUAAAGCGCAUCGCCCAGCUGACUGGUGUAUUCAUGAAACGCGGCAGUCAGCAUGAUCGAACUCUUUGUAUCUGGGGAGAGCCUGAGCAAGUAAAAGCAGCAAGGACUCUCCUCUUGAGGCUGCUUGAGUGGUUCUACUGCCAAAGUCCUGUUGAUGGACAGCGUAGCUGGGCCAAGAUCCACCCAGAAUAUGAACAGGACAUCCAAAAAACGCUGCAGGUCAUGGCUUUCAAGAAUGAAGAGGCUUCACUGCGUGGGAAACCCACGACAGCCACGUCUGAGUCCCAGCAAGAGACGUUUGCUGGCGUUUUGGUCAUUCAGCUAACCGGCUCCACGGGUAAGAGGGUGUACACUUGGCCUAAAGAUGGCCCGACAGCGCAGGAGGAACUCGGUAAUCACCUGGAAAAGCUGGACCUCAUUCGAAAAGAGUUCAGUGUGCACGUGUAUCUGGAGGAAGGCUCCACUGACAACAUUUGUAUCUCUGGAAAGAAGGAUACUGACAUGGAGCAGAUCAUUGUUCGAAUGCAAAGAUUAUGGAAAACAACCAUGGCAAAGACUAACACCCGCAUCAAAGCCUACCUUGUUGAGCCACCCGCAAAGGAAAUCAUGCGAAACACAGUGAUUUUGGUGAAGAGUGGCAAGAUUGCAUUGCCAUUCCUUCAUGCAACUCAGCAUCGUCUCUUGGGGGCAAAACAUGAUCAAAAGCGCGACAAUAUUGAUGAUAUCCAGAGGAACAACAGCCAGCUACUGUUGGGUAGCUUUCAAGAAGCCUUGUCGCAAGCAAACCUUUUCGCUGGCUACCUGCGGAUGCGUGUGCACUUUGGCUCCUUUGUUAUGGAUAGGUUUCAAGCACCUGACAAUGGCCAAAAGGCGUACGGGCUUGAAGAAUUCCGGGAGAUGGUUCUCCUUGAACGUGCCAGAGGACGGCUGGUACCAGGAUUGAAAAUCAGUGGCGAACAGCUGCUAUCUCGAUGCAUGAGCGCUACCUCCGUUUUUGAACCGGUGGAUACUUCAUACAAACUCAAGGAACUCAAGAGCAUCAUACCCACCUAUUCAGCUAGUUUCCAGUUUUCGGGAGCAGCCAACUCCCCAUUUCGCCUGGAAGUAGAUUUCCGGCGACGCAGUACUGAGAUUGAAAAGAUUUACCACCGAUGGUUCAACACCCAUGACGAGCAAAGUGAAAAUGCCCGCUUACUCCCCAUGCAACUUGGUGUGAUGAACUUCAUAAGGUCGGACUGGCAAGCCGAUAUCGAACUCUUCGAGCCCCUGCACAAUGAUCAGAUGAGCGAACAUUUAGGUAGCUUUCUCCACUCAAUCAGAUUCGAUAACAAGCUACGAGUGCACGGUAUGGCCACCAGUCCCCGCAAGAAGGUUCUCUUCAACCAAGACGCAUCAGUAUCCAAUUUUAUUGAGAAAUCAGCAAUCCAGUUGACCGUCAAAGGAACAAAGUAUGUGUUAGAAUUGGCUCGGUUUGAUCGAUACACCCGGCGGACGCUUGGAUGGACCACGACACCAGAUGUUGCAUGGAGUGCGACUCUAUUCAAUCCUGGCUGGGAUGCUGCCCUAGGCGCAUCUAUCAGGUCAUUUGCAACGGACCCGAAGGAUACAGCGAGACGGGUGGGAGAUUUCGAGUCUUUCUUCCCACAGGAAGCUGCAAGCCUCGGUGGCGAUAAUGAGGGUUUCUGGGAGUAUCUGAAACUCGUUCAUGAUCUCUCUGGCCUUCUCGGAUUGAGCAAACAAGAUUUUGAGAGACUUUCGGAGAACUCCAUCAAACAGAGAAUGGCGGGAUUGAUGGAUGUGGAGCUUGGAAUGCUGUUUUAG